AGUAAUAUCACGCGGAUUUUUGUGUUGCUUCCACGAGUUAGCGAGUAUUUAUUAUAGGUAUUAUAUUUUGAUAAAAUGCUAACAUAAAUUGAAAUACUUCGUCAAAUAAUACUGUAUGUUGGGUCAUUUAUAACUUCUGUAAUAUGGUGAAGAAUAUGAGCAAAUCAAAGCCAAUCAAAAAAGGGUUGAAACUUAUCCUUAAAAAGUUUCACGAGCAAGUAAAAAAUUCUGCAACGUAUUUAAUUGCACAGCCAUCUCACUCCGAAAAAAUCAAAUUACUUGUUAAAUCGCUGUACGAUCAUGGCCAAAGAUUUGAUACUAACGGUACCGACCCUAAGCCUUAUCUCGAGGAGCUGGUGGUGGAAGAAAUGGACGAGGAACAAAUUUGGCAACAAUUAGAGCUACGAAAUGAACAACUUUUGAAAGAAGAUUUGCCAAGAACGUCGCAGCUGCUUUCCAUAGGAUCGAAGCGGAUGCAACUAAGUUUUAGCACGGUGGAUAAAGAAGGUGUAACGAAUGAUAGCGCUUCUGACGUUGAUGGGAUUGACAGUGCAGAUGGGUCUUUGAAUGAUGAGGAGGUAGAUUCCUCAGAAAACACUAAAAAACAUAAGCUAAAACAAAAGGAGAGGCGAAAAGGGAAACGGUCUGUGGUUGAUGAUAAAUUCUUUAAAUUAGAAGAUAUGGCAAAGUUUCUGGAUGAAGAAGAUAAACGUGAAAUGAAAAGGCAGGCUGGCAAACCCGAGAAGAAUGCACUGAUUGAAAUUGAUUAUUUUAGUGAGAAUGCUGGCAAACAUGAUCUUUCCGAAGGGGACGAUAUAAAAUAUUCUGAUUUCUUCGAUGAUGAAAGCGAAGCGUCCGAAAAUGAAAAUCAAAGCACUAGCGAUAGCGACCAAGAAACACAAAUGAGUGACGAGGACGAUGCAGAUGAAAAGCGUUCUGAGAACGAACAUAAUCCGACAAAAGAAUCGGACGAAGAAAAUUCAGAAGAUGAAGUUGAACGAAACCGACGGCUUCGGUACGAGUUGUACAAUUCUGCUGAAGAUUUUGUAGAAACGAAAAACAAAAAACCUCCCAUUUUGGAACCAGAACACGUAGAAUCUGAGCCAGAAGUAGUAUCCCCUGAACAUCGGGAUAACGGUCCUAAGUCUUCCUUUGAGCUGCGACAAGAAAAAAUGCAAAAGCGGAUACAGAAAAUGGAAGAUCAACUAUUGCAGGACAAGCCCUGGCAAUUGAAGGGAGAAAUUUCAGCCGACACUCGUCCGCAAAAUUCUCUUCUGGAAGAGAUUCUGGAAUUCGAAUCCACUACUCGACCGGCACCUGUUAUCACUGAAGAAACUACCAUGCGCCUCGAAGAUAUUAUCAAACAGCGCAUCAAAAACAAGGCUUAUGACGACGUAGAAAGAAAAAUUCGUCCGCCGGAUAAUCCUCGGGAAUAUCGAAAACAGUUGGUGCUAGAUGCGGAGAAAAGCAAACAAUCGUUGGCGCAGAUUUACGAAAAGGACUAUCUUAAGCAAUUGGAAAAAGCUAAUCCAGAUGCAGGAGAUGAAAUAGCAGCAGAAGAACCAAAAGAAUUCAAAGAAAUUCGAUCGUUGAUGAAAACGCUGCUCGCACAGUUGGAUGCAUUGUCCAACUUUCAUUACACGCCUCGUCCAGCAGUGCCUGAGUUGAAGAUAAUCACCAAUACACCGGCUAUCAGCAUGGAAGAAGUAGCUCCGGUAGCGACAUCAGAUGCCGUUCUACUAGCACCCGAGGAGGUGCACAAUCGACCCAAAGGAGACAUUAUGAGCAAGGAUGAACGCACCAAGUCGGACAAAAACCGCGAACGACGGUUGAAGAAGCGUUUCCAGCGAGACAAGUUCAAACGUCAAACGGAAAAGGAACGAAAACUUCUGGAGAAAGGUGUGGCACCGAAGACAAAGGAAGUGCAACAGAAACUGCUCAAAAAGGUUUCGAAAGCGAAGAAUGUAAGCUCAAUGGCGGAAAGCGUCGGAGUGAGCAAAUCGUCAACAGCAUUCUUCUCGCAGCUGCAGGAUGAAGUCAGCACGCAAAUGAAGCAGAAACUCAAUCCUGGCAAAAAGAAAAAUAAGACAAAUGGAUUGCAGGCAACGCACAUGAAAUUAUAGAAUAUAUACGUGAAAUAUACCUACACAGAUUGAUUGAAUCUGUCUAACACAGUUGAUAUUGAUCACUUACCCAACAAUCAAAAAUGGUGGUCAUGGAUAGUUUAACCUUUCCAAAUUAAUAAACCACAAUUUAGCUCGUUUUAAAAUUAAAUAUUUGGAAUUCUACAACCAAGUGUCUCUUUACAGUUCAUACGAAACCAGUAACUGUUUCUCAAUACAAUGUUACAACAAAAAGUAAAUUUAAAUAGUCUUUCAAACAUCAGCUUGCAUCUGUGUAUCGGAAAGCUGAAUUUUCUCUCCGGGUUUGAAUGCAGGCAUUCCUAAGUAAGGACAGGUCGCGCAGCGGAAAGCAUCGCCUAGAUAGCACUGCAAUACAAUCGGAAAAAGUCGUCAAAUAUUUAGCUAACAAAUAAAAUGUUUUCUUACACUUCCA